UUUUAUUCGUGUCAAAGAUGGAUUCCUAUCCUGACGUACAAGAACAUGAAUCCUGUGCGAAAAGAAUUAAACUUGAUAUUUGCGAGUCUGAUAUCGGUGAAUUGUGCGAUGGAGGAGGCUUUUCUUGUUUUUCCACACCAGCAAGGGGCCCGAUUGACAUAACUGAAGGCACAUCCGCAGACUGCGACUCAGGAUACGAGGCGUCUACAUUGGAAUCCAUCCCAACACCUUCACAUCACACCUCACCCCAUACGGACCCGGGAGACAUUCACGAGAGUAUGUCGAACCUCUCCGGGUCCUUCCUACAAACACCCACACACACAGACCAGUUGGACACGUCUCAAGACAGUCUAGAAGUUGACGACGACAACGCCUCCACGGUGAGCGAGUUGAGCGGUUUGUCGGACCUGUCGGGCCAAGAUUGGAAACCCAUGGCUGGAAGCAUGAUAUGGAUCCAGCAGCAAAUGCAGAAAGGCGUAAAUCCUAGAAUUUUACUAUCGGAUCUAGGCGUAGACUAUGAUCAGAUCCCCGAUUACGUUGAUGACGUUACCAUCUGGAAAAUAAUCAUAAAUAUGCUGGCAGAACCUCCUCGAAGGAACAAACUGAGGCACGUUAACACCUUAGAUGAUGUGGUACGAUUGUUAAAAGGUGCUCAGAAUAUUAUAGUGCUAACAGGCGCUGGCGUGUCAGUCUCCUGUGGCAUACCGGACUUCCGAUCGCGUGACGGCAUUUACUCCAGGCUGGCGAUAGAUUUUCCAAAUCUUCCAGAUCCCCAGGCCAUGUUCGAUAUCAGUUACUUCAGCCAGGAUCCCAGGCCGUUCUUCAAGUUUGCCAAGGACAUCUAUCCCGGAAAGUUUCAGCCCAGCCCUUGCCACAGGUUUAUAAAACUCUUGGAAAAGCACGGAAAACUACUGAGGAACUACACUCAAAACAUCGACACCCUCGAGAAAGUCGCUAAAAUAGAAAGGGUGAUAGAGUGUCACGGCUCGUUUGCCACAGCCACCUGCACGAAAUGUUCACAUAAGGUAACGGCUGAUCAGAUUCGGGAUACGGUCCUCACACAGAAAAUCCCUUCCUGUGAAGUUUGUCAUGAGGGAAAAGAACCUUCAUUUUCAACAGAUGAACCGAGCACAGGAGGUGAAGGCUUAGACUACAGGGAGCUGGUAGCGUCUGGCAUAAUGAAACCGGACAUCGUCUUCUUCGGGGAGGGACUCCCCGACACAUUCCACGAGGCGAUGGCGGUGGAUAAAUCUCAGUGCGACUUGAUGCUCGUCAUCGGCAGCUCCCUGAAGGUCAGACCUGUCGCACUCAUUCCCAGUUCCCUGCCUUCCCACGUUCCACAGAUUCUCAUCAACAGGGAGCCUCUUCCUCACUGUCAUUUCGACGUAGAACUGCUGGGCGAUUGCGAUGUCAUCAUAAACCACCUUUGUCGACUGCUAGGCAACAUGUGGGAGGAGGGCAUCUAUUCAUCCCAGGUCCUCCGGCAAGCAUCCACUUUGCUUCCGUUGCGGGAGCCCGUUGUCAAUCCGGAAGGAAGUCGCUUGUCGAACACCGAUAACAAUGCGACCAAACAAACCGAGCCAAGCUGUAUAGUAAACGAUAAGAUAAAAACCUACGAGGUGGAGGAGAUCCGCUGCGGGUGUAAUGUUAGUACAAAAACUAGUUCCUUAAGCAUAGAGAGAAACGUAGAAUCAAACAGUUGUACAUGCUAUGUAAAUUUCAACAAGUCAAUUAUAGAUAAGGAGAACGAGAUAAUGAAUUUCGACUCGAAGGUGAUAAAGGAGCGCCACAUGUCGAUAGACUCGGCUCGGGAUUCGGGCAUAGGCGAUAAUUCCAAUUUCACGGAUUUGGAGGCUAAGUACGACGAUAUGUCUGAUGAGAACUUUGAGGAGAACCACAGGCAGGACGAGGGUCGUAGUUUCCAUCUUGAAUUGGUCCAUAACCCACAGAGCGGUGCCUCGUCCUCGGAAAGUUACGUCAAAGAAAGCCAGACUUUCGAGAGCGGCUCCACCACGUCCGACUUGAGGGGCUACUGGCAGCCGAAAGUGAAGAAAAGCCUAGCUGACAGGCUGCCCCAGGAUUCUUUCCACCUCGUCCCGCCCAGUCGAUAUAUUUUCCCCGGCGCAGAGGUCUAUUACGAUCCGGACGAGAAGCUGCAUUACGAAGGGGAUUCUUCCAAUUCCGACAGCUCGGACAGUGAGUCGGAGGCUGACAGCCCAAACAAUUCUUUCUAGUUUUUUUAUAUUACGAUUUUCUUAGUCGUAGGCAUUUUCUUGUUGUUAUUUUUAUAAAUAUUUUAUCGUCCCGGGCGUGACAUGCUGCGGCCUUCGCGUGUCCCACGAAACGCACUUUUAUUUUGGUAGAACGAAUUUUCGUAAAAGCAAUAUUUUUUCCUGGAAGAUCCCACUUCUGACAACUAUAAAAGAUGGCUAUAAAUUAUUUCGUGAAAAAUUAUCGUUUUCAAGCAAAAUUUGGGCCGUGGCACUUUGCGCCCCUCUAUAUAAUAUUUUUAUUGUUAUCGUGUGUGUGAAAGAGGAGUGCGUCGAUUGAAGGGUGUGCGUAUUCGAUUCUGCGUGUGACAAAUUAAUAGUUCGCGUCUAAAUUGCAGAAACGGAAAAUCCAUUGAUCUCUACCGAUGUGUUUGUACUUUUUUUUUGCAAAUUCGUCAUUCAGGUUUCGAAUACCUUUUGCCUAGAUGAAAUUGGUGGAUUUUGUAAAAUGACUGAUUAUCGUAUUUAUUAUUAUGAAUUCAUUGGUUUGAGGAAUGCAAGGUAUCCAGUGACAGAGUACCUUAUUUUUUUUAAUGUAUGUAAGCUGAAGGUUACUGUAACUUUUUUUUAGAGUUUCUUUAUACCGUAGUACUAUGGAGGAGGGGGCAGGCCUCCAAGAACGUCAGACUGGGCCACACUUAAAGACUAAAUAUUUUAAAUUGCGAAAGAAAAUUGAAAUUUUUAUUUGUCGGUCAUUAAUUAUAAUUGGAAAAUUGAACGCAUUGUAUUUUUUUGUCAAAUUGUUAUAAAAUGAUGUCAAGAGUUAUUCUUGUCUCGAAAAAGUCGGUAGAAAAAAAAAUUCCAGAAUUUAUAUCUAUUCACGAUGUGAUGCGUUCAAUAUUUUGCUUCUGCGAUAGAAAAGUUUCAUUGCACUUGCACAGUAACGCCAUCUACAAAUAUGAAGAUGAAUUAAAGUAUUUAAUAUCCAUUUAUGGUUAGUAGCAUUUUAAAAUACGUCUUAAUUAAUGGAAAAAUAUAAUGAAAUGGAAGUGACAAGGGGUAACGCCACUUUGGAGGUCCGGAAAAAAGGUGAUUUUCGGGAAUUUUCAUGGGAAAAUCCAUACCAGGAUAGGUGAUGGCAAGCAACGCCAUCUUUUGUCAGAGGACUGUAUCGCCGGAAGGGCACAUACUAAAAGCUAGGAAAUUAAAACAUAUUGUUCCCCCACCUAAAAAUCGAUUUUUUCAAAAUUCUUGUGACUACCCUUUAAAUUGAAACGAACAUUUUUUUUCAAAGAAAUGUCGAGUUUGACUGAAUGAAGGGGACUGCCUCGAAAGUUGGAAUAUUACUUUGCUAAAUAAAUAACCCUAAGAAGAAAAACCUAUUUUUCAAUAAAGUAAAUUUGACUUAGAAUAUCUUAAGGAUUGCUCUGUACAUCGUAAAAAAAACAAUUGUUAAAAAUGUCUUAUGAUGAAUUUAGUGUAUAUAGAUAAGUCAGAGCUUGUUCCACAUAUUUAUUUUCUGCUGGACGUUUUAAUUUUUCGUAAUCGGACGAAAAAAUUAUUUAUUUUUUUAUUCCACCUUUUUUUUUGUUGAUUGAUUAUUUUAAGCGUUUGAGGUAUGUUAUGCUUUUUAAAACGAUGCUGCACCCUUCCGAAAACCCCAAAUGUGUUUUGCUGAUGGUUUAUAAAGGCUGUGAACAACCAAAACCGAUAAUUUAGUGUUAAUAUCGUACUCAUAAAAAUGUUUCUUUUUAUCAAUAAUUUAAAUUUUUUAGAUAUUCGCAAAAAAUAAUUGGAAAACCAAAGUUUAUACAAAUAUAAAUUUCUUACGCUUUUAAAAAAACGCGUGCACUUUUACUGUUAAAAAAGCUUAAUCUUGUAUAAAGGGGUUUGUCAGGGUGGAGUAUUGUUUCUGAAACCGCAGAGGCUUCGAUUUAUCCGAAAUAAUACACAGCAGUGAUAAAAAGAUGUAUUAUAUUUUUAUGUUAUUUAUUUUUAGUAACCGAUGCAUUUAAGUUCUUGCUCUGAAAAAAAAAAAAAAUGUAAGAGUUACGUUGUUAAACGAUCACGAAGUUUAAUAACGUAAUUCGUAUUCUUUAUGGUUGUGCACAAAACAUAUUUUUUAUAUUACCGACUCAAAGGACACGAUCCGAUUUAACCGAAUUUGGGGAAUAGUUUAAGUUGGGUGAAAUCGGAUUGUCGAGAUGUACAUGUCUUAAUUCGUGUAAAAUUUUCUUGGGCUUCAUUUUCUUUUCUAAUUUAUGUGAGAUGUAAUCCAAUGUCAUAUAUAUGUUUUCUCGGAGUGUAACAUACAAAAUUGUGUUUGAUGUUGAUCGAAAUGUAUUUUGUGUGUUAUAUUAAGUUAAUUUUUUUACGUAAGCUAGCCGUUAAGGUCAUUAUUUUUGUACAAGUAUUUAUUUAGAUGUUUGUCUUAAUGUUUUUACGGACAUUAAUAAAGUUUUAGUUAUUGAUAUUAUUACUUACGCCGGUCGCCACUUCGUGACCACGUCAAAGUUAUAUUUUGUAAUAUUUUCUAUUAAUUUAUACUUGUGUGUAAAUACUUAAUGGUACUAAAGCAAUAAAAUUUGUUUCUUCUAA